CCCCCCCCCCCCCCCCCCUCGUUGGACCCUGCCGAGAAUCUAUCGGACGAUCUGCAUGUUUCAGUCCCGCUGGCCUGAAAAAAACACCUCUUCUGCAGCCCGUAUCGCUUCAUCGCUGGAUUUGAUCAUCGCUUAUCGUGCUCGACGGUUCAUCUUCGCCAUCCUGGUAUAGCUUCAUCUGUUGCUCGUCAGUUCAUCGCAGUUACAAAUACCCCUGUCGCUUCUGCCGCCGUAUACGGGAAAGGGUCCACGUCGAUCGGACCCUGAAUUUUGCCAAGGGAGUCAACGGACCCCUCUGCCUUUCAGUCAACACAACUGCGCAACACUACAAUCGGACUUUUCAAGAUGCGUUCCAUGUCUCGUCUGUUUGUUCUGUGCCUCCUCUUGGUGCUGGGGACGGUAACUUCCGCCUGGCCAUGGCCGCCGCAUGGCGAAUUGUUGCGACGAGCUGAUACUACCGCAGCUGAGAGCGCAACCACUGGAGCCGCCGCUACCACCGAGAGUGCAUCGAAGACAGAGGCAGCGACCAAGACCGCCGCCGCAACAGGAAGCGACACCACGGCCACGGCCACCGGCACCAAUACCAAGUCAGCUACCGGAACAGGCACUGCUAGCGGCAAGUCCUCUGGCUCUUCUUCGAACAGCACAACGAGUGUUUCUAUCAACCCCGCUGCCGGUGCCGGUGGUAUCUCCAUGCUUAUUCCCACCCUUGGUGCCACAACCUACUAUAAGAUCGGCGAUUACGUGACCCUGAAAUGGAACUACACCUCUUUGACCAUCAGCCCAACGGCUGUCAAUGUUGUCGCUUCUUGCAGUUUGAACAGCGCCACCUACACCAUCUCGUCCAACAUGACCAUGUCGCCCACCGGAGAGGUGGUCUGGGACACCAAGAAGUACCAGGCCAACGCGACUGUCCCGCUGUUGACUGCGUCGUACACAUUGAUUGUGUGGGAUGCCAGCAAGGCCAUCACUGAGACGGCCAGUGCCGGUUAUCUCAGCGCUGCUAGCAGCUACAUCUUCGGAAUGUACAGUUCGCAGCCGUACACUCCGCUCAAUGGAUUUGUCUGCGCUACCUGCAGCGGCGCUUUCUCCGAACUCGAACGCUUAGGGAUGAAAUUCACCUUUGGCAUGUUCGCCAUCACCGUCCUGUCCUUCACCUGGUUCGCCGGUGGCUUCGGUCUCUUCUCCACAUGAGUGUAAUCUCCGGAUGACGACGAAAAUAAACAUUUUUAUGCAUUAGAAUGUUGCAUUGAGCAAAGCGAUUUUCGUUUUAAGUUAUGAUGAUAGCAAUCUAUCAGCUGGGUUGGAUUGGCGUUUGCGAGUUUCCAUUUCUGAUUUGACUAAUGGCUGGGAAGUUCCUCUAUAUUAUUGACCUUUGUUCACUCCUUUGAAGCGCAGCAAUAGCGGGAUAUCAGUGUAAUAGUGUGUGCAUGCGGUGAUUAUGACAUGUUGAUUGUAUCUCCACUUGGCCUGUCUAUAUUUAAUGUUCUCUGCAAUUAUGGCAUGGAUGUAUGUAUACAUACUCAUCUGGACUGCAUCGGAUACUUCCUCAGAUUAAUAUAUACCUACUAC